GAGCUCAAUGUCGUUUGAUUCUACAGAAAAUUGUAUCCCUGUAUGGAGACAGAUCCUAAAUUCAACCUUGCUCGUACUCAGAUCUCAUUCUCUCCAUUUCCAUGCACUUUCAAUCAUGUUCCUGUGGCCUAUAAUUUUCUCUCUAAUUGUAUAUCCUUCUUUCUAUCUCGCCUUCUUUCAUCCCGAUUAUAAUUUCGUCACUUCAACUCGUCAACCUCAAUUUUCCAUUUCCAGUUUCGAAAUUAUUGUAACCAUGGUGUGCACUCUGUUUUUUGCCCUGUUUUUCCUCUGUUCCAUAGCCACAAUUACAUAUAGCACCGUUCAAGCAUACAACGAUAGACCGAUGAACCUCAUUUCGUCGAUUAAAUCUAUCAGAAAUUCCUUCUUCCCCCUUCUCUCCACCUUCAUCGUUUCACAUACCAUUUUCAUUUCAGUUUCUAUCAUUUUCGCCCUUGCCUUAGUCGUUUUACUCCAAAUUAUUAAAAAACUAGGCUUAAUUGAACUCCAAAACGACUCGAAUCACUUCUGGUUUUUGUUCAUUCUCGUGAUCAUACCAGUGCUGCUAUGGCUACAGGUGAACUGGUCAUUAGCUUAUGCGAUAGCAGCGGUUGAAUCCAAAUGGGGAUUCGAAACGCUGAGGAGAAGUGCGUAUUUGGUGAAAGGGAUGAGAUGGGUAGCUUUCUGGACACAUUUGUUCUACGGGCUAGCGUUGGGAGCAAUGGUGAUUGGGUCUAAUGUCGUUUUUGUGCUUUUGGGUGUGGGGAAGGAUGAUCAUUGGCGGAGUUUUUCUAUUACAUCACAAGUUAUGCAGUGUACAGUGCUCGGAACUUUGGGAAUGAAUCAGUUUCUUGUAUUGAAUGUGGUAUUGUAUAUGUAUUGCAAGGACUUGGAAGACGAAAAAUUGUCAUUUGAAGAUGUAUCAGUUCCAUUGGACAAGGAGGAGAAGAAUCAUAAUAUUGUGUAGUACUUGUCGGGACUGAAAGAUGGUGAACUAUGUCUGAGCAGGUGAAUCGAGAGAAAAUUCUUGUGCCUGAAGGCUGCAGUAAUACUGAACAUGCAAAUCGAUCGUCUGACUUAG